UUACAAAGUUAGCUCAACAACAAAAAUCAAUGUUUCUUAUUAUCUCAUCUUUUCUAAUUCAAAACUUCAAAAUCAAGAUCAAAUUUCAAUCUUUUUCUUCAAAUUUCCCAUAAAAACAAUAUUAUUAUUAUUAUUAAUUAUAUUUAAAAAUACCACCAUUUUUAAUCUCUGUUUCAGCUUUAAUUAUUCUUUCUAAUCUCAAAACUCUGCUUCUGCUUAAUAAUAAUCACUGCCAGCCAAAACCUCUUCUUGUUUAUCAGCUUUAGUAAGUUUAAGUUCUGAAAAAAUUUUCUUCUUCUUCUUCUGGGUUUUAGAUUUACAGGUUUAUUUUUCUGGAAUUUUUUUGUUUUUUUUUUUUUUUUAACUUUAAGUCUUGCUGCUGUAAGUUGAUUGAGCUUAAAAUUCAAAUGGGUUUUCUCUAAAACCCUCCAAAAUACGUAAAUUUUUUUUAUAUAUAAAAAUAGAAACUUAGGGUUUAUCUAUGGAAGAAGCACCGAGAAAACCAGUAACUCCAGCCACAACGGGUGGGGUAACAGUUGUUGGAUCAGAUGCUCCUUUGGAUUACCAGAUAUCUUCAAGAUCCGAAAACCCGACCGCGAACCGGAACCCAAAUACUGGAUCCGCCCCUGCUCCUGCUCAGCCUGCGGCGGCGGCGGCUGCGGCCACGUUCCCUGCUAAGAAAAAACGUGGUAGACCCAGAAAGUAUGGACCCGAUGGCACGGUCACUAUGGCUCUCUCUCCCAAGCCCAUAUCUUCGGCGGCACCGUCGCCUCCGGUGAUCGACUUCUCCAGGUCGGCUGAGAAGCAAAGGAAAAUGAAGCCGGCCGGCUCGGUCAGCAAGUCAAAGUAUGAGCUGGAAAAUUUAGGGGAAUGGGUUGCAUGCUCUGUUGGUGCUAAUUUUACACCACAUAUCAUUACUGUUAAUACAGGAGAGGAUGUAACAAUGAAGAUCAUAUCGUUUUCUCAACAAGGACCUCGGGCCAUAUGCAUUCUCUCUGCAAAUGGUGUGAUCUCAAGUGUAACACUGCGUCAGCCUGAUUCUUCGGGGGGUACAUUAACAUAUGAGGGUCGGUUUGAGAUACUUUCCUUAUCUGGUUCAUUCAUGCCUAGUGAUAGUGGGGGAACAAGGAGCAGAUCUGGUGGGAUGAGUGUUUCAUUAGCAAGUCCUGAUGGACGUGUUGUAGGUGGUGGAGUUGCUGGUCUUCUGGUGGCCGCGAGUCCUGUGCAGGUUGUAGUAGGCAGCUUUUUGGCAGGGAACCAGCAUGAGCAAAAGCCUAAGAAGCAGAAACAUGAGCCCAUAUCCACUGCUACUCCAACUGCUGCUGUUCCUAUUUCCAGUGCUGAUCCAAAAGGAAAUUUUACUACCACAUUCCGUGGCGAUAAUUGGUCUCCAUUGCCAUCAGACUCGAGUAAGCCUACUGACAAUAAUGCAUCUCAGCCUGUAGGGUGAUGUAAAGAGCCUCAACAUAUCAUGUAAUGUACCCAUUGCUACUGACAACAUCAGCAAUCAAACUAAACUCCAUUUGUUGAAUCUCACCUCAUGUGUUGUUUUGUCUGUAAACUUUGUGAAAUAUUUAUCAUUAUUCCAUGAGUUUAAUCUGGGGUAUUACAUGUUGUAGUUAGGCGAUUAGGUAGGGUUCUACCACUGUUGUGUCAUGUAGAAUUUUGAUGUAAUAUUUUCUUCUAGAGUUGCCUUUUUCUUUA